GCCACCAACUAAACAAGUUCAAAACUUACAAGAAAUUGUAAAGAUACCUGAUGAUUUUUCAGUUAUAAUUUCUUAUCGUGAUAGGCUUAGAGACGUAUUAUUAGACGGAGUUUCAGUACAGUGGGGUAAAAAAUGUAUCGGAUACGAAGAAACUAAAGAAGGGGUUUGGGUAACUUUUGAUGAUGGUUCGCAAGAAUUUUGCGACAUUUUAGUUGGCGCAGAUGGAAUUAAUUCUCCAGUACGAAAACAGCGAUUACCCGAAUUGCAAAUUUUCGAUUAUGGAGUAACUCAUGUUAAUACAAAUGUUGCCGUGCCUAAGUACCUUAUGGACAGGAUCAUAAAGUUACAUGGAAAUAGUUUACUGCAAAAAUCUCUCGG